CAGAAUGUAAACAAACAUUCGAACCACCACCGUUAAACGUUUCGUAAUGUUGCAACGGACAUAAUUUAAACGCGAGUGAAGCAUUGAUUAUACACUAGAAAUGCAGAUAUUUACCUGCAUUGCCUCGUUUUUAGUGCUGCUUUUUUAUGCACUGGCUUUCGACGAGCUGAUAUUUUUCGCCAAUGCUGAGUUAUCAGUGCAGGAUAUGCGAAAGGCGGGUCGCGAGCAGUAUCAGAUACUGCAAGAACGUGGGAAGCUGCCCAAAUACGGCGAAUGCUGGAAGGCGGCCUUGGAGCACGUCGAAGAAAGUUGCCGGCAGCUGACGGAGGAAACCCAAAGCGACGUCGCGCUGCACAUCACCAACUGUUUCCUAGAGAUGUCCGGCCAUGAUACCUACAGUUGCGGCACUGAUAAGAAGCCAAAUCUGCGCGCAAUCUGUCUGCAGAGUAUGACUGACCGGGCGUUUAACGUUUACACCGAAUUUUUCACUCAGGCACAGAAUAUCUGCUGGUUUCUGAGGGGCACACUCUGGCAGGAAACCAUUGAGGAAAACACGCGGAAAGUCGGCAAGCAGUUGGAUAAAUCCUCGAGGAAUCAAGAGACUUUGCUGAAGAAUCAACAGCAUUCUCUGGAAUUACAAGAGAAGAUGUUGAAAUACGGCGAGGAGAUGGACGCAAUAAUGAUGCGCUUCAUGGCGACUACGAAACAACAUCACGAACUGAUUCAAGUGCUCAGCACGUCCGUGAGCAAUCUGCAAUCGUGGCUGAUCGGCGAAGUUUCAUGGCUGGACAGCGCAGUAUUCUAUCUAGUCGCUUCACUUGUCGUUAUUUUUGUGACAUCGUCACCUAGGGCAAUGGCAGCGCGUCUACCGAUGUUAAUCCUAUUGGGUUGUAACAUUUUCUUCGAGCGAAUUCUCUGCUAUGGCAUCAGCCAUGGGAGUGUAAUGAACGCUGAGCUGGUUCAUGAAAAUUACUACACUUAUGUGUCUUACAUGCGAUAUGCGUUUAUUGCGUUCAUGGGAUUCACGCUGGGAUUCCAUGCGUUGAUGUACAAAGACUACCUCAUUGAGAACCACCUGAUUCUGGAGACGAUUCAGGAGGGCAUACGUGAUUUGCAACAUUCCCUACAGCCGGUGGUGAUGCACGCUGAAAGUCAGCAGCAGGAUCGAGCUGUGGAGAGUAUCGAGCGAGAAUGCUUGGAGAAUAUUCCGCGCGCGCGACCGCGGAAGAACGGUACAAAUGUCACACCUCGGCGUACAUACUAUUUGGACUUGUCCAGAGGGUCAACGGAAUCGACGAGGAGCAACGGACGGUACAAUUUGCGCGUUCGGCACGAUACCGGCUUGAUGUUGAAUAGCUUUGAAUAGUUUACAGCUUUCAUUGCCAACUGCUGACUGAAUAUUAUGACAAAGAUAUAGUUUACUUUUAAUUUAUUGAGCAAAUGAAUAAAUAUUACUGAUUAGUUA